AUGACCUUAGGCAAAUCACUCCAUUACUUCAUUUCUAAAAUGGGGGCCAUAAUAAUGCCCCCCACACACACCUCAGGCAAGUCAGGCAAGUUUAAACCAACAGUCUUCUCUUUUUCCCUCUCUCCUUCCCUCCAUCACUCCAUUCAUUCAUGGUUCCCUCCUGUCCUGGGUGACUCCUUCUAUAGAACUGCCUUUGGAGGAUACAGUCCCACACAGAUCCUUUUAGAAAAGCAGGUUUAUUGGUCGGGCUGCUCACCAGGACACAGCAACAUGAGAGACUCCGAGAGCCAGCAGGAAACUGCGUCUGCCCACAGCUCAGGCCCCUUCAGCCCAUCAGCACCUGGGGACCGUGUCCCCAUCCCCAUCCUCCCUCAGCUGACCUGGCUCCAAGCAUUCCGGAGAGAAGGGGUCCAAGAAAAGGGGAGGGGGAAGCAAAGCUUUGUAUUGUAA